ACGACGAGGGCGAUAUUAGGGCAAAAGAAAAAGAGGGAAAAAAACCUCUUCGUCUUCGCCGCAUUACGAUAACGAACCCUAGCGUUCCUUUGAUUCCUGGUCUUCGGCAAAAAUCUCUCCGGCUGGCGAAUAAGGUAUGACAGCUGCCGACCCGGAAUCUUCGACGGUGGAUAUCCCGACGCUGCAGCGGCAACAACAACCGGAACAUACAGGUACGGAGAUUCCGAUCUGUGAAUCUCAGGAGCAUGAGCAACACCAGUUCGUAAAAUCGAUCGGCGAUUUGGCUGCGCUCUCUGCCGCCAUUAACGCCUUCAAAAGAAAGUACGAUGACAUGCAAAGCCACAUUCAGUUCAUCGAGAACGCCAUCGAUGCCAGACUCGCCGGCGUCAACGUCGGGGGCGGAGUUGGCGCAUCUUCUUCCUCCGUCCUCCCGCCGGAGAUUGAUUUACCAGAAAACAAACCUCCGCAAGAGUCCGGCACGGUCGUACCAGAGUCGUCGGAGAUGCCGGAGGUGAAACAUUUGUGCGAAUCGAUGUCCAGCAAGGGAUUGCGCAAGUACAUCCUGAGCAAUAUCGCCGAACCGGCGAAGCUCAUGGAAGAGAUUCCGGAGGCUUUGAAGCUGGCGAAGGACCCUUCAAAGCUCGUUUUUGAAAGCAUAGGAAAGUUUUACUUACAAGGAAGAAGAGCUUAUACCAAAGAUUCACCGAUGAUCACUUCGAGGAAGGCUUCUCUCCUCGCAAUGGAGUGUUUCCUUUUAAUGGCGGAUCCUGAUGCUGCAAAGACCAUGGUUGAAAACUCCACAAAGGUGGAGGCGAAGAAGGCUGCAUUUGCGUGGAGGAAGAGGUUGAUGAGUGAAGGAGGUUUAGCUAAUGCACAGACAAUGGAUGCAAGGGGUUUGCUUCUGUUGAUUGCUUGUUUUGGUGUUCCUUCCACCUUUGGGGAUUUGGAUUUGGAUUUGUUGGAUUUGCUGCGACAGAGUAAACCUUCCGAGAUUUCAAAUGCUCUCAGGCGGUCCGCCUUUCUUGUCCCGAGGAUUCCAGAUUUAAUCGAUUUGGGCAUCAAGCGAAAGAUGCAUGUCGAUGCUGUGGAGUUGGUCUAUGCCUUUGGGUUGGAGGAUAAGUUUUCACCUCCUUCAAUUCUAAAUUCAUUCUUAAGGAUUAUCAAGGAUGCAUUUGAGGAGGCUAAACAGAUGGCUCGUUCGCCGAUGACAGUUAAAGGGGCAGUGGAAAGGCAAUUAACUGCUCUACAAUCAGUAUUUCGGUGUUUGGAGGCUCACAAUUUAGAUCCUACGAAAGUACUAGGUGGAUAUCUGAUCAAAGAUGAGAUAGUUAAGCUGGAAAAAGACAUUGUUGAGCUCAACAAAGAAAUCAAAGAGAAGGAAAGAUCCUUCAGAAUGAAGGAGGAAGCCGUACUCACCCAAAGAUUGUAUAACCGAGAAAUGAAACGUCCAAGGCUUUCAGGCACGGAAAUGCCUAUGCCUGCAUCAUCUUACUCUCCUAUAUACCAUGAUCGAAACUUCCCUAAUCAUGGAGAUGGAGAUAACAUCUCUGCUCUUGUGAGCACUUACCUUGGCACUCAAUCUUUUCAUCAUAGAUCAUUAUCAAGUCUCAGGUCUUCCCGUGAAACUGUUGAUGAGCGUGGAUUAGAAAGAGGCGUAUCUGCAUUUGAAUCGCAUACUGGUAACUUGCUCUCUAAUGUAUACUCCCCGCCGAUGCACGGGCACAGCCUCUCUCGGCAGUUCUCACCGGCCCAUAGAGAGAACCUUUCUCUGAUUGGUGAGCGAAGCCUUUCUGGGCAACACAUAUCCCCUGGACUACAAAGGGUAUUGAGGCACUCACCAUCCGUAGAUCAUUUUGCGGGUUUGCCCAGACACUCUUCCCAUGUUAACUCACCAUCGGAUUGAUAUGGAUGAAACCACAUCAUAUCUAUAGCCUGGCCAUGUGAGCAGUACAGGAAGAGAGAUGCAAUUAGUUCAUCAAUGCGUUGUUCCGGGUACAUUUUUUUUUUCUCACACCAGAAUUGAUGAUAAUGAAAUAUUUAUCAGGUCCUCUGUUUCAUAUCGUUGUUGCUCUCUCCGGGCUGCAUGUGUUACUGCAGACUCGAGACCCUGGAGCCGACAGCUUGUCCAUGAAUAUUGAUAUGUAACCAGGUCUUCUGUUCCAACUACUUUGGAACUGGAAACUGACAUUAGGUAUCAAAUCUGUUAGUGAAAAUCA